AUGUCCUCGAAAGAAGCCCCCGCGUCGGCAGGCGCCAAGCUCCGCCAGAUGCUCCAAGAGAAGGACAUGAUCGUGGCACCCGGCGUCUACGACGGCUUCAGCGCCCGCAUCGCGCUCGAGGUCGGCUUCGACUGUCUCUACAUGACGGGCGCCGGCACGGUGGCGUCCAAGCUGGGCCAGCCGGACCUCGGCCUCGCCACGCUCAACGACAUGCGCGAGCACGCCGAGAUGCUGGCCAACCUGGACCCGUCGGUGCCGCUCAUUGCGGACGCGGACACGGGCUACGGGGGCCCCAACAUGGUGGCGCGCACCGUGGCCCAGUACCAUCGCGCGGGCGUGGCCGCCCUGCACAUUGAGGACCAGAUCCAGACCAAGCGGUGCGGCCACCUGGGCGGCAAGGCCGUCGUCGACGUGGACACGUUUGCGCAGAGGAUCGGGGCGGCCUACCAGGCCCGCAGCCGGCUGGGGUCGGACAUUGUCAUCAUCGCGCGGACGGAUGCCCUCCAGACGCAUGGCUUCGACGAGGCCAUGCUUCGUCUGCAGGCGGCUGUCCAGGCAGGUGCCGACGUGGCGUUUCUCGAGGGUGUCACGACGGCGGAGGAGGCGCGCGAGGCGUGUCGGCUUUUGGCGCCCGUGCCGGUGCUGCUCAACAUGGUCGAGCACGGGGCGACGCCGUCGUGGACGCCUGCCGAGGCCAAGACGCUGGGCUUCAGGAUCAUCAUCUUCCCGUUUGCGUCGAUUGGGCCGGCGUACAAGGCGAUGAAGGAUGGGCUUUUGAAGCUCAAGGAGGAGGGCAGGACGGGGGUGGACAGCGAGUUCACGCCCAAGAAGCUUUUUACGGUGGUCGGGCUGGAGCAGGCCAUCAAGGUGGAUGCUGAGGCGGGAGGGUGUCUGUACGACAAGGUGUAG